UGGCCGCAAACUUUUACACAAGUUUUGAGCCUGCGACUGUGUCUGGCGUCGGGCCUCGGACGGGCCGUUUAUGCAACUCGGUGGAGGGGCCGCUUGAAACGCCUCAGGCCAGCACCCCCGUCCCCUCAGGAGGGCCAUGGAGUUCCCGCCUUUGGGCCUCGCGGCUCUCUAGAGUGCUGCCUCAGCGCCCCUGCUUCUCUCUGAGGGGAAGGGUCGUCGUCGGCCCGUAUGGAAUACCUCACCACCUUCACGGGAAAGAGCGGGCGCCUCCUGAGGGGCACUGCCAACCGCCUAUGGGGCGCCGUGCCCGGCACUGGCAGCCCUCGACAGGUCCAUUUCCAGGACUCGCUACAUGAGGGAGAGCCCAAAGCGACGCCCCUGCUAGAUACUGGCCAGAAGAAGACCCUAGACAAGAAAGAUGGGAGGCGAAUGUCUUUUCAAAAGCCUAAAGGGACUAUUGAAUACACAGUUGAAUUGAGAGAUUCUCUGAAUAGCAUUGCCCUGAAAUUCGAUACAACGCCUAAUGAAUUGGUCCAGUUAAACAAGUUAUUCUCCAGAGCAGUUGUUCCAGGACAGAUUUUAUAUGUUCCUGAUCCAGACUAUAUUUCCAGUGUGGAAAGUUCUCCUUCUCUUAGUCCUAUAAGUCCCUUAUCGCCUACAUCUUCUGAAGCAGAAGUUGAGAAAACAACUGUAAAUGAUCAAGAUGGGCCUGACUGGAAGGAGACAACAGCCACGCCGGCUUACACGUGCAUUCGGCCUGCAAGAGUGGUGUCGUCCACAUCAGAGGAAGAGGAAGCUUUCACAGAGAAAUUUCUCAAAAUUAACUGCAAAUACAUAACCAACGGCAAGGGAACAGUCAAUGGAGUGCUGCUAGUGACGCCAAACAAUAUAAUGUUUGACCCACAUAAAGCGGAUCCAUUGGUUCAAGAAAAUGGCUGUGAGGACUAUGGAAUCAUGUGUCCAAUGGAGGAAGUGAUGUCUGCUGCUAUGUAUAAAGAAAUCAUAGAUGGAAAAAUAAAGGAUUUGGUACCCAUGGACUCGGAUCAGUCAUUUAUAAAAGAUUUCUGUCAUUUCAAAAAAAUAACAAGAAGCAAUACUGAUGAAAUGGACUCAAGGAUGCGAGAUACAGGGAAUGAUAGUGCCAGCACAGCUCCAAGGAGCACAGAGGAGUCUCUUUCGGAGGAUGUGUUCACCGAAUCAGAACUCUCUCCAAUAAGGGAAGAACUUGUUUCUUCUGAUGAGCUUCGACAAGACAAAUCUUCUGGAGCCUCAUCAGAAUCUGUCCAGACAGUAAACCAGUCUGGUGCUGAACACGUAACAAUUAUUUCAGACUCGACUAACGUCCUUGGUGAUAUAAAUGGCAGUGUAGAACUGUCUGUGAAUGAUGACAGCAAGUCUGUUAGUGAUACUCUGAGUUCAGAAGCAGCCAAAAGAGCACUAGAAGAAGUACCAGGCUGUGUAGGAGGAAGGGCUGCUGACACUCAAACACAACAGGGCGCAGAUCAGGAAUCUGUGAUAGAAAAUGUGCCAGGAGGUGAGGACCGUUUGCUCUAUGAAGAAAAAGACUCUAAAACAGAGGUUAUAAAUAAGGGAAAACUUGUAAAAGAGUCCACUCGAGAUUCUGAGACGGAUGUUGAGGAACUGCGGAAACUUUGGAAGAGCCAUACUAUGCAACAAACCAAACAACAAAGGGAUAACAUGCACCAAGACGCACAAAAAGAAAUGAAACACAAAGUAGCCACAGCAGAUGGAACAAUAGAAGGUUCUCUUAUGAAAGAGAAGAGAAGACAUCGAUUGCAUAAGUUCCUGUGCCUCAGAGUUGGCAAACCAAUGCGAAAAACAUUUGUGUCACAGGCCAGUGCAUCAAUGCAGCAAUACGCACAGAGAGAUAAGAAACAUGAGUACUGGUUUGCUGUGCCCCAGGAGAGGACUGAGCAUCUGUAUGCCUUUUUUGUUCAGUGGAGCCCAGAAAUAUAUGCAGAAGAUCCGGGAGAGACCAGUAAAGAGUCUGGGUUUAUAGUGGUAAAAAAAUUUGAGGAGUCUGAAGCUGGUGAAGAUUCGGUUAAUGAAGCAGCUGCUAAAGAGUGGGAGGUAGUGUCAGUGGCUGAGUAUCACCGCAGGAUCGAUGCUCUAAAUAGUGAAGAACUACGCACACUCUGCAGACGUCUCAAGAUAACAACAAGGGAAGAUAUCAAUUCAAAGCAGGGAACAACCAUCAAGACCGAACUGGAGCCGGAAGUGUUUCGGCCAAAUCUUAGUGACCCCAGUGAAUUGCUGCAACUGGAACAAAUUGAAAAGCUUACAAAGCAUCUUCCUCCUCGAACUAUCGGGUAUCCCUGGACCCUGGUCUACAGUACUGCAAAGCAUGGCAUGAGUUUGAAAACACUAUACAGAACCAUGAUGGGGCUGGACACCCCAGUUCUAAUGGUUAUCAAAGACAGUGAUGGGCAGAUUUUUGGUGCUCUGGCUUCUGAGCCCUUUAAAGUUAGUGAUGGCUUUUAUGGCACUGGAGAAACCUUCCUUUUUACCUUCUGUCCAGAUUUUAAGAUAUUCAAGUGGACUGGAGACAAUAUGUUCUUCAUUAAAGGAGACAUGGAUGCCCUAGCUUUUGGUGGUGGAGGGGGUGAAUUUGCACUCUGGCUUGAUGGAGAUCUCUACCAUGGAAGAAGUCAUUCUUGUAAAACCUUUGGGAAUCACACUCUUUCUAAGAAAGAAGACUUCAUUAUACAAGAUAUUGAAAUUUGGGGCUUUGAGUAGAUAUAAACUGCUUCUACAAAAGGUUGUCCCAAACCUGUCAUGGAUCAAUGCAGCUCAAAAAGCCCUUAAAGCAAUAUAAUGCAGCAUUUUUGUUUGCGAUGCCUUUCAAAAUUCUCUGCAUGGCCAUCCAAAUACUUUUCUAGAUAAGUAGUGCGUUGGGGUGGAGAUGUCUCCUGUGAUCUGGAUUCUUUUUCAUCAGCCUCUUGUAUUUUGUAAGCUUAUAAAUCAUCUUUAUACUUUAUUUGAGGAUGCAGCUCACAGUUGUCACGUGGGUUCCUGUCUGUCUUGUUUUUUCCUACUCCUCCCAGACCCUUAUUCCUGCAGGGCUGAUUUACUGAGACUGCUGCUCUAGUGUUAAAAUUAUUCAAAUCCUAAUGGAGUAUGAUCCUAUUGGCCUAAAUAAGAGAAGAAUGAAGAGUUUGAAUUCAUCAGCAAUGAUCUGUCUGGGCCAUUGGUAGAAACAAUUAAAAUGAUGCCACUUAAUAGAAUGAAGGUGUUCCUCUGUGCUUAGUGGCACCACUUCUUCUGUUUAUGCCUAGAGAGUUCCUUUCAGUUGCAUUUUAUACUCAAAAUGUAGCUACCCCCCCCCCCAAUGAUUGUAAUGAAGUAUUUUGCACAUGCUGUUAAUGAUCUGCAGGCUUGGGACAAAUGUUGGGCACACCUUGAGCUACAUGGUCAAAAUGAUACGAUAGUGAAGGAAUGUGACAGCUCCAUUGCAUUAAUUGGACAAAACAAAACUCAGUGGAUGAACUGGAGCUAUAGCAGGACAUUACAUGUACUAAGACUAUGAAACAUGCAUUUUUUUCCAAUCAGCGUAAAGUGUCAGAUAUAUCUAUAUAUCUCUAUAUAGGCUGUUUUAUAGUUCUUCUGUUGUAGCCUUGUACAUCAUCUCUGAAAAUUACUCCUGUCCAAAAAAGAAAAAAACGAGGUGUGGUGUUCUUUUUUCCUUUUUUUUCCUUUUGAGUGGAUCUAUGUUGUAAGCUGCGGUUAGCACCAGCUCUGAUACAAUGGGGUUAUGUACUCUAGGUAGACAUCGUAAUUUAGUAGACUUGUAAUAUGCAAACUUACUGUUCUGUGACCUCAAGAAAAAAAAAAGACAGGCUAUAAUACAGUAUAUCAGUAGCUCUUGUCCACUUUUGUAGGAAAACUGAGAAGCCACUGUGGCAAUAAUCACUCAACAACCAUUUGUUUUGAAGCUUAAUUCUAUGUUUAUGCAAAAGCAAAACAAACAAAAUUUAAAAAUGCUGUUAAGUGUGACAGUGAAUGACUUUGUGCUGAAAUCUCAGCUGUUCCAGAUGAGCAUUGUAUAUAUUCUCUUGUAAAUUAAUGUUUAAAAGUAGUUUUUGUUAUUUUAGAAAGAAAAAAAGUGUUGAUUGACGGGUUGCUUCUAGCACUUUAAAUUAUUCUAGAAAUGGAAUAAAAAGCCAAAUGGUUUGGCUUAAAAAUAAAUAGCUAUAGCUGUACAGUAUGUUGCUAUAUCCAGUUCUUUCAGAAGUUUGACCACUUGUUGGAAGGACACUUACUGCUAUGGGAAAGGGGCAGAGAUCUAUAAUACGCUAAAGCUCAAUAUGGCUAAAAAUACAGGGCAUCCUUUUCAGUCUUGGUGUACAGCUCUUUACUCCUGUUAGAAUAGUAUAUGUAGAUUCAAUGUUUACAAACAAAAGGAGCUGUAAAUAAAUUAAAAUGGCUUUUUCUCCCCUUUGGUCUUCCACAGCAGUAUUAUUGUCUUUGUGGGUUUAAGACUAAUUAUAAACAAUCCUGUAAUGGAUUUUAAGUACUAUAAGGUCAUAGUGAUAUUAUAGAGCAAAUAAAAUCUAAAUACAUGUAACAUUAAACUUGAGUUGAGCUUUAUUUAGACACAAGAGUGUUUCCUGAAGGGCAAGUGUAUUUUCUCACUACUUCCUUGCCAGUGGUGCCAUUUAACCUAUGAUGUAGUAUUGGAUUUUAUUAAAUGGCAGGAACAUUUUCUUCAAUUUCUAAGAUAGCAGUUAAGGCCCUAUUAUCAGCUAGCAUAGGUAAUGUGUAAAACGCUAGAUUUGAUUCAAAACUGUACUUAGCCAUAGAGUCACCGGGCAGUCCUGAGGAAGGCUCAAAUGUUCAGCCACAUCUGUAAAAUCAAAGUAAUAGAUACAUGUACAGGCGCACGGGGGUGAGAGGAGUGGACAUUUGAUUCCCUCAUAAACUUUCUACUGUUGACUCCUCUCGUGUGCCUAAUACUGUAUGUAUAUAUUUUAAGACUGCAUAGCAGAUCCUGGUGAGUUGUCAUCUGUACCUAAGAUAACACAGUUUGGUUUCUUAUUUCCCUGCCCCCUCCCCUGUACAGUCUGCAGAAUUUAAUAUUUAAAUGACAUUGAUAUUGGGAAUUCAGAGCCAGGGUAGUUCGACCAUAACUGUGUAGAAUACUUCAAAUGAGGAGUUUGAUGUUUCCCAUUCUUGUUGCUGAGAUCUUCUGUUCACAACUAGAGGUGAAAUCAUCUCUUAAAACGUUAAGAGGUAAGCUAUUUUCAAAUUCCUUGAUAGUAAGGUUUAUUUGGAAAGGCAUUAUAAUACCAUCUUUUCUUACAAAUGAAAAGUUUGGUGAGGCCACAUAUAAACUAUUGUGUAUAAUUCUAGUCAAAAAGUAUAAUGUAGUGCUGCAACUGGGUGUGGGAAGGUGAUUGGCAGUAGUUUCAGGUCAAAAUAUUUAUAUUUUAGCUAUAUUUAUGGCUAAGUAGUUUCAGCACUUCUCACAAAACAUCAUUAAUGUGUAGAAUUUUCUAGUACAAGUUGUGAGGUUCACACAUGGCUUUCAAAGGAGAAUGGGUUUCAGGGAACAUCACCCUCUGUGUGCUAGGUAUGUGGCUCCUAAAACAGCCACUGGCGGCGGGGGGGGGGGGGGCGCGGUGUGCUGGGCAGGCAGUUUGAAGUACCUGCUCAGAUAUCUGACCUGAAGGUAGUGUCUUACUUUAUAAAGUAAAAUGUGAUCUGUUACUCUGUUCUUCUGAAAGUGACAUUCAGUUCUUGGGUCUUAAUUCUUCAGAAAGAGUUAAUAAAUAAUACAAGAAGCUUCUUAUCAAAGAAGAAUUGCCACAAAUUUGCAACCAACUCACGGAGACCCCAUCCACAAAGCUUUCAACGCAAGAGAUGAGGAGAGAUGGUCUGCCGUUGCCUUCCUCCACACAAAGAGAAUAGGAUUUUUUAGAUUACAAGUGUGGGGGGGCAGGGGGGGUUCACUGCCUAUUUCAGGUUAAUUUGCUGACAGGAUUAAAAGUAGGAAAUUCCUUGUAGCUUACUUGUACCAAAGAGGUUUACUUGUUCGAGACAAAAGUUUGGUUUUCUUCCAGCCUAUCAUGUAAACUUAGCAUUAUUUUAAAUACUGAACUGAUGCAGCAACAAGAAGGAUAACACCUCUGUGACGAUACAAUAUUUCUAUAUCUUCUGUAAGAAGAUAGCUUUACUUUCAAAGUGAAAUAUUGCAUAUUACAGGAAAAAUCAUUAGUGCCCUUAGCUUAAACUAAGAGUAUUAUGUUUAUCCGAAGACUGUUUUAUAUAUUUUUCAAGCACUGGCAAACAGAUUCAUGAAUAUAUAAUUGGAAAUGUAAACAUAUAGCAACCCAGUUUCAGAACAGUUGAUUUGACAUAGAUCAUGUACAUAAUUGAUUUUGCAGUCUUGGCAUAAUGAUUGUUACUAAAUAUAACUUCUCAACAUUUAUAUAAAUACGCAGUUUAUGUAAGCAGUG